GCCUGUAAUCCCUGCACUUUGGGAGGCUGAGACAAGUAGAUCACCUGAGGUCAGGAGUUUGAGACCAGCCUGGCCAACAUGGCAAAACCCCAUCUCUACUAAAAAUACAAAAAUUAGCCCAACUAAGUUAAAAGCGUAAGUGCAUAAAAGACUGCAAAGAGGCCGGGCGUGGUGGCUCACGCCUGUAAUCCCAGCACUUUGGGAGGCUGAGGCGGGCAGAUCACGUGAGGUCAGGAGUUUGAGACCAGUCUGGCCAAUAUGGUGAAACCCUGUCUCUACUAAAAAUACAAAAAUUAGCCAGGUGUUGGCAGGGAGGUGCACACCUGUAAUCCCAGCUACUCGGGAGGGUGAGGCAGGAGAAUUAAUUGGUUGAACCCGAGAGGUGGAGAUUGCAGUGAGCUGAGAUUGUGCCACUGCAUUCCAGCCCAAGGGACAGAGCAAGAUUCCAUCUCAAAAAAAAAAAAAAAAAAACUGCAAAGAACUAGUUAUUUUGAUAACCCUUUAAAGGCCUACUGUGUACCAAGUUACUGGAAUAUGAUGAUCGAAAAUCCUUCAAUUAAAUAAACUACUACUCAGGCUGAAGUAAAAAAUCUGAACUUGAACAGUAGUUAAAGUAGUACAGUUAUUCCUUCCAGUCCAUGGGGGAUUGGUUUCAGGACUCAGCCUCCUGCCCAUGGAUGUGCAAGUCCCUGAUAGAAAAUGGUGUACUAUCUGCAUAGAAGCUAUGCACAUCCUGGAUGACGUAUAAUACCUAUGGGAAUAUCCAUCCUGUGUAAAUGGUUGUCAUGCUGUAUUGUUUAGAGAAUCAUGACAGGAAUCUGUACGUGUUCAAUCCUGGUUGGUUAAAUCUGCAGAUGCAGAGCUUGUGGAGGAGGCUGGCCAUGCAUGGCACACGCUCAUAGGUUCUCUUUAAGUAGCUUUGCUGUGCUUCUGUUAGGAAGUUUUAUUUAUAUGUUUUUGGGAAGAAUCUGGUACUGGGAAGUCAUGCCUCGAUUGUUAACCCCAGAUUUGUCUUGUGCUGUUUAAUCCUGCUUUGUAAGGAGCUGAAGCAUGGGCGCUUGACCAGGUGAGUUUUAAAACUUUUUAAAAUUUAUUUUAUUUUUUUGAGAAGGAGUCUUGCACUGUCACCCAGGCUGGAGUGGUGCAAUCUCGGCUUGGCUCACUGCAACCUCUGCCUCUCGGGUUCAUGCCCAGUCUGCCAUAUAUUAAUUGAUCUCAAAAAAUGGCCAGGCGUGGUGGCUCACACCUGUAAUUCCAGCACUUUGGCAGGCCGAGGCGGGUGGAUCACCUGAGGUCAGGAGUUAAAGACCAGCCUGGCCAACAUAGUGAAACCCCGCCUCUGCUUAAAAUACAAAAAAUUAGCAGGGCUUGGUACCACGUGUCUGUAACACUAGCUACUCGGGGGAGGCUGAGGCAGGAGAACUGUGUGAACCCAGGAGGCAGAGGUUGCAGUGAGCUGAGAUCGGCCAUUGCACUCCAGCCUGGGCGACGGUGAGAAACUCUGUCUCAAAAGUUAAAAAAAAAUUAUGGCAGCACAGAAAAGGGACAAUUAACCACCAAAUAGUCAUCCGGUGGCUAAUUGGAACUGCCUGAGUAGCGGGUUGUCUUUUCCAAGUUGCUUCACCUUUGAUUGAAGGAAAUAUGCGGACUGUCUGCAGGGGACCAAGGCCCCAGGACUGCAUCCCUUAGACACGGGGUCACCACUGUGGAAUGGACGCAGCUGAUGACACAAAGCAUGGUUGCCAGGAAACCCUCAAGCCUUUCUGUCCUUAUGUGGCCCCGCCAAGAGUGAGUGAAUCCUGGCCUUUCUAGGUUAAGGGGAUGGAUGGGGUCGAGCUGGAUCUUGGGAGGCCUCCUCGGCCCUUGUUGCUGAGGCUCCCCUUGUGAUCCCUGUGGUGGCCUUUGCUUCCCCUCUGGGGCUCGCAGCGAGGGCGUGUUCUUAGUGGAAUCUUCAGGGCACGCGGGGUCCCCCACGUUUCAGACGUCCGCCGGCACUGGGACUGGGAGUCUAGGGCUCCGGCUGGGGGACCCGAGGCUGGCGACAGACAGCGGAGGGGUGGCCAUCGCGGACCCCGCCGGGGAACGGAGACGCGGAUUCCCCGGAGGCAGGAGCUCCGCCCAGUGACUCGCCCAGCGCCGCUGGACCCGGGGCAGGGGCGUCCCGAGGACCUCGCAGGGUCCCUGAAAGGCCCCAAGGCACAGCGCGCAGUGAGCGGGAAGUGGUGGGUCGGCGCCCCGCGGCAGCGCACGGCUGUUGACAGCCACGAUGCCGCCCGGGAGCACGGUCUCCCUCCGGGAGCUGGCGGACCUCUCUAUCGGCACCCCGGAGGUGGGCGCCGUCAACUUCACGGCCCUGCACACGCUCAUCGUGGCCAUGCUCAAGAACCUCGACCUCCAAAAUACCCGGAUCGACUUCCAGGCCCCGUCGCCUGAGCCCAGCCGCUCGCUGCUGUCCGCCCGGAGCUCGCUGAGCACCCCACACCUGCCCGCGCCCAAGGAGGCUCCCAAGGAGGCUCCCAAGGGGGCGACCCGGGAGAAGCGCAGGGGCGUGGGCCGGGUGCCUCCAUCAGCGCUGGAGAGCCAAGUGAAGGACCUGGGUGGCCAGGUGGAGGACCUGAGCAAGCAGCUCAAGCGCGUGGACAGCCAGAUGCAGGGCAUUGCCACGCACGUGCAGCGCUUCUCUCAGGCCAGUGGGCUCCAUCUGACCUCGCAAGAGUGGCCGGAGGAGCAGGAGGUGGCCAUGCAGGUGCUUGAUAGGGUGCGGACUGGGAGUAUCUUGAAGGACGCCGCCGAGGAGCUCAGCUUUGCCAGGGUAAUUUUACAGCGGGUUGAUGAACUAGAGAAGCUAUUCAAAGAUCGGGAACAAUUCCUGGAACUAGUCAGCCGGAAGCUGAGUUUGGUUCCUGGUGCAGAAGAAGUCACCAUGGUCACCUGGGAAGAGCUGGAGCAGGCAAUUACGGACGGCUGGAGAGCCUCACGAGCGGGCUCAGAAACACUUAUGGGAUUUUCUAAGCGCAGAGGGUUCACUUCCUUAACAUCACCUGAUGGGACUCUAAGCGGAGCCUCUACCAAGCAACCAAGUAUUGACCAGGCUCUGGAUUCUGCUGGUGGUGUUGGCCCGGAUCAGACUGCAUCAGGAUCUGGUGGCGCAGCACACCCCUCUGAGGGGGUUAUCAGUAGGGAACAAAGCAGGGGCCCCUCUGGCACUGGUAGACAGCAGCAGCCGAGGGCCCAUGAUGAAGCUGGCAUGCCACGACUCCAUCAGUCUUCUGUACUGCAAUUCAAACCAGACUCAGAUCGUCGCAGGAGUAGAGAGAAGCUUACCUCGACACUUCCAAGAAGAGAUGAACGAGAUGCACGUCCUGGUCCAGUUCAACAGGACUUAACCUCAGCCAGGGAGCAGCCCAGUAGGGUGCCCGCUAGCCAGAGUCAGGUCCAUCUAAGGUCAGAUCGCCGUGGGUUAGAACCAACUGGCAUGGAUCAGCCUGGAUUAGUGCACGCUGGCACUUACCUACAUGGUGUGGUACCCCUCAGCAUGGGUCAGCUUCGUGUGCCACCACCUGAAAUGGAUGAUCAGGAAUGGGGACGACUUGUCAUGGAUGAGCAACGUAUGUUGCCAUCAUCAGUACCUGGCAGAGACCAGCAAGGAUUGGAACUACCUAGCACAGACCAACAUGCUCUGGUUUCAGUUGGUGCAUAUCAGCAUGGUAUGGUACUUCCUGGCACAGACCAACGCAGUAUGGAACCACUUGGCAUGGAUCAGCGUGGAUUUAUAAUAUCAGGCAUGGGUCAGCAAGGACUGGUAGCCCCUGGAGUGGACCAGCAAGGAUUGAUAUUGCCUGUCAUAGAUCAACAUGGACUGAUUCUACCUUUUACAGACCAGCAUGGUUUGGUAUCACCUGCUUUGAUGCCAAUUAGUGCAGAUCAGCAAGGUUUUGUGCAGCCCAGUUUGGAAGCAACUGGCUUCAUACAACCUGGCACAGAACAGCAUGAUUUGAUCCAGUCUGGCAGAUUUCAGCAUGCUGUGGUGCAGCCUGGUGCAUAUCAGCCUGGCUUGGUCCAACCUGGUGCAGAUCAGCGUGGUUUGGUCCGGCCUGGAAUGGAUCAGUCUGGUUUGGCCCAACCUGGUAGAGAUCAGCAUGGUUUGGUCCAAUCUGGCACAGGUCAGGGUGGCUUGGUACAGCCUGGUGUAGAUCAGCCUGGCAUAGUCCAACCUGGUGCAGAUCAGCAUGGUUUGGUGCAGACUGGUGCAUAUCCACCUGGUUUGGUACAGCCUGGCAUGGAUCAGCAUGGUCUAAUACAAUCUGGUGCAUUUCCCAGUGGCUGGAUACAGCCUGAUGUGUAUCUACCUGGACUGGUACAGCCUGGUACAUAUCCACAUGGUUUGGUACAGCCUGGUGCAGAUCCACAUAGCUUGGUCCAACCUGGUAUAGAUCAGCGUGGUUUGGUUCAGCUAGGAGCUGACCAAUAUGUGCAGCCUGGCAUAGAUCAGCUUGGUUUGGUGCAACGUGGUGUGGAUCAGCAAGGUUCAGUCCAGUCUGGUGCAGUUCAGUAUGGUGUGGUCCAACCUGGAAUGGAUCAGCAUGGUUUGGCACAACCUGGUGCACUUCAGAGUAGUUUGGAGCAACCUGGUGCAGUUCAGCAUGGUUUCGUCCAACCUGGAGUGGAUCAGCGUGGUUUGGUACAACCUGAUUCACUUCAGCGUGUCUUGGUACAACCUGGUGCAGUUCAGCCUGGUCUGGUCCAACCUGGAGUGGAUCAGCGUGGUUUGGUACAAUCUGGUGCAGAUCAGCCUGGUCUGGUCCAACCUGGAGCGGAUCAGCGUGGUUUGGUACAACCUGGUGCAGAUCAGAGUGGUUUGGCACAAGUUGGUGCAGUUCAGUAUAGUUUGGUGCAACCUGGUGCGGAUCAGCGUGGUUUGGGCCAACCUGGUAUGGAUGAGCGUGGUUUGGUCCAACCUGGUGCGGAUCAGCAUGGUUUGGGCCAACCUGGAGCAGAUCAGCGUGGUUUGGGCCAAACUGGUAUGGAUGAGCGUGGUUUGGUUCAGCGUGGUUUGGUCCAACCUGGAGUGGAUCAGCGUGGUUUGGUCCAACCUGGUGAAGUUCAGCAUGGUUUAGUGCAGCCCGGUGCGGAGCGGCAUAUUCAGCGUGGCUUGGUCCAAACUGGAGUGGAUCAGCGUGGUUUGGUCCAACCUGGUGAAGUUCAGCGUGGUUUGGUCCAACCUGGUGCAGUUCAAUAUACUUUGAUGCAACCUGGUGCAGUUCAGCGUAGUUUGGUGCAACCCGGUGCAGUUCAGCGUGGUUUGGUCCAACCUGGAGUGGAUCAGCGUGGUUUGGCCCAACCUGGAGUGGAUCAGCGUGGUUUGGUCCAACCUGGAGUGGAUCGGCGUGGUUUGGUCCAACCUGGAGUGGAUCGGCGUGGCUUGGUCCAACCUGGUGCAGGUCAGCCUGGUUUGGUCCAGCCUGGUGCAGGUCAACUUGGUAUGGUGCAGCCUGGAAUAGAUCAGCAAGGUUUGGUGCAACCUCAGGCAGAUCCACGUGGCUUGGUACAACCUGGUGCCUAUCCUCUUGGUUUGGUCCAACCUGGUGUAUAUUUGCAUGAUUUGUCUCAACCUGGGACAUAUCCACAUGGUUUGGUGCAGCCUGGAAUGGAGCGGUAUGGUUUGAGACAAUCUGGUACAUAUCAGCCAGGCUUGACAGCACCAGGCACAAAGCUUCGUGGCUCUUCAACAUUCCAGGCAGAUUCUACAGGUUUUAUAUCAGCACGUCCAUAUCAACAUGGUAUGGUACCUCCUGGCAGAGAACAAUAUGGCCAGAUGUCACCACUUCUAGUCAGUCAAGGUUUGGCAUCACCUGGUAUAGACCAAAGGAGUUUGGUACCACCAGAAACUUAUCAGCAAGGUUUGAUGCAUCCUGGCACAGACCAGCAAGGCCCAAUACCAUUGAGUACAGGUUUGGGAUCUACACACCCAGAUCAACAGCAUUUGGCAUCACUUGACCCAGGUAAGCAUGAGCAGGUACAUCCAGAUGCAGCUCAGCACGGCUGUGCUUUCUCUCUCUCUCUCAGUCCUGAUUCAAUGUGUCCUGGUUAUGGUGGCCCAGGUUACCUCAGUGCCGAUCAGCAUGGCCAGGAAGGUUUGGAUCCAAAUAGAACACGAGCCUCGGACCAACCUGGAAUUCCUGCCCAGAAGGCCCCAGGCCAAGACGUCACCCUUUUCAGGAGUCCAGACUCCCUCCACCGAGUCUCAUCAGAAAGGAGCGAAGCGUCGAGUGAAGUCCUGAGUGAGCGACGCGAUUCACUGUGUAGAAUGAGUUCUAGUUUCCCCACGGCAGUGGAGACAUUUCGUCUGCUGGGAGAGCUCAGUGGCCUCUAUAUGGGGUUGAAGGAGAGUAUGAAGGAUCUGGAUGAGGAGCAGGCCGGCCAACCCGACGUGGAGAAGAUCCAGUUCCUGCUGGCACAGAUGGUCAAAAGGACCGUACCUUCUGAACUACAGGAGCAGCUGAAGACCGUAAAGACACUAGCCAAAGAACUUCGGCAGGAAAAAGUAAAAGUGGAAAGGCUGCAAAGGAUCCUGGAGGGGGAAGGGAAUCAAGAAGCAGGGAAGGAACUGAAAGCUGGAGAGCUGAGAUUACAGCUGGGUGUCCUCAGAGUCACCGUGGCUGACAUUGAGAAGGAGCUGGCCGAGUUGAGGGAGAGCCAAGACAGGGGCAAGGCCGCCAUGGAAAAUUCUGUCUCUGAAGCCUCCCUUUACCUGCAGGACCAGUUGGACAAGCUCAGGAUGAUCAUUGAGAGCAUGCUGACCUCCUCCUCCACGCUCCUGUCCAUGAGCAUGGCCCCGCACAAGGCCCACACUUUGGCUCCUGGCCAGAUCGACCCUGAGGCCACCUGUCCAGCCUGCAGCCUGGAUGUGGGCCAUCAGGUCAGCAUGCUGGUGCAGCGCUAUGAGCAACUCCAAGACAUGGUCAACAGCCUGGUCGUCUCCCGACCCUCCAAGAAGGCCAAGCUUCAGAGACAGGACGAGGAGCUGCUGGGCCGCGUGCAGAGUGCCAUCCUGCAGGUGCAGGGCGACUGCGAGAAGCUUAACACCACCACCAGCAACCUCAUCGAGGACCAUCGGCAGAAACAGAAGGACAUUGCUAUGCUGUACCAGGGUCUGGAGAAGCUUGAAAAGGAAAAGGCCAACAGGGAGCACCUGGAGAUGGAGAUUGAUGUGAAAGCCGACAAGAGUGCUCUGGCCACCAAAGUGAGCCGUAUCCAGUUUGAUGCCACCACGGAGCAGCUGAACCACAUGAUGCAGGAGCUGGUGGCCAAGAUGAGCAGGCAGGAGCAGGACUGGCAGAAGAUGCUGGACAAGCUGCUCACAGAGAUGGACAACAAGCUGGACCGCCUGGAGCUGGACCCAGUGAAGCAGUUGCUGGAGGAUCGGUGGAAAUCACUGCGACAGCAGCUCAGGGAGCGCCCCCCACUCUACCAGGCAGACGAGGCGGCUGCCAUGCGGAGGCAGCUCCUGGCACAUUUCCACUGCCUUUCAUGUGACCGGCCCUUGGAGACACCGGUGACCGGACAUGCCAUCCCUGUGACCCCCGCGGGUCCAGGCCUACCUGGCCACCAUUCCAUCCGCCCCUACACGGUGUUUGAACUGGAGCAGGUCCGGCAGCAUAGCCGCAACCUCAAGCUGGGCAGUGCUUUCCCUCGGGGUGACCUGGCGCAGAUGGAGCAGAGCGUGGGGCGCCUGCGCUCCAUGCACUCCAAGAUGCUGAUGAAUAUCGAGAAGGUGCAGAUCCACUUCGGGGGCUCCACCAAGGCCAGCAGCCAGAUAAUCCGCGAGCUGCUGCACUCCCAGUGCCUGGGCUCCCCCUGCUACAAACGGGUGACAGAUAUGGCCGAUUACACCUACUCAACUGUGCCCCGGCGCUGCGGGGGCAGCCACACCCUCACCUACCCCUACCACCGCAGCCGCCCGCAGCACCUACCCCGGGGCCUGUAUCCCACCGAAGAGAUCCAGAUUGCCAUGAAGCGUGAUGAGGUGGACAUCUUGGGCCUGGAUGGCCACAUUUACAAGGGACGGAUGGACACAAGGCUGCCGGGCAUCCUCAGCAAAGACAGCUCAGGGACCUCAAAGCGCAAGUCCCAGCAGCCCAGGCCCCAUGUGCACAGGCCGCCAUCCCUCGGCGGCAAUGGCCACCUGCCCUCCCGGCCACAGAGUGCCCAGAUGUCAGCUGGCAACAUCUCAGUUUCUUCGCGUCAACAGAAAGACAGACCUUCCUCCGAGGGCCGUCUCUCCCAGCCGAACACAGCCCACCCACCCAGCUCUGCCACGGUGGCAAACAGGGGGCUGGAGAGGCACAUGGACAUGCCUCCUGGGGAGGGGCUCGAGGAGCCCACGCGGGGGCCACGGUCCAGCACUGGUCAGUGAGCGGAGGUGUAAAUAAAUGUUCAG